AUGGCUUCUCAUACUGCGAUUUUUUGCCGUGAGGAACCGGCCGCAUACGAAGUCAUUGGACUAGGAAAGUUCCGUGGCUAUGGUCAUGAGUUCGAGAAGGCAUACACCACCUGCCAGAUCAAAGGUAGCACCGGCCACUUCCGUGUCAUUUCCUAUCAACUGGGUAGCCUACACUUCCUCGUGCGUCAUGAGACAGAUGGCUUUGUUGGUGAAAUACCGACACCAGAAGACAGUCUCCCAAAUGUGCUGAAUUCGUUGACCAUCUCGCCGAAAACAGCGUCCACAGGAAAAGCUUCGCCCAUUUCUAAAUUGACCAUCCAGAGAGAGGGGCAGGUAGUGCUACGAGAAGCAACCUUGGAGAUCAAAACUCGGUCGAUGUACAAAGUCCUGGAUCCGCGAGAGGUUGCUCCCCAGCUCUGGAUCUCUCAAACCCCGAAUAUCGUUCGUGCUUAUCAUGAACGUGGAAGAUUCUCCACGCCAGAGGUGGAAGAUUUCACCUCCCGAUUGAGACACUGGGAAAAAACCCACCAAGAUGAUAUCGUUCUUUUUAUCGCGCUGAUUAAUCGAAUCAUUCAAGUAACCAAGAACUUUGGUGGGAGUACAACGGUCCAGUACGAUCGCGUGGAAGACACCUUGGUGAUCAAGAAGACCGAAAGAAGGAAGAUGCUUCCCGAUGAUCUGUACGCGCUGUGGGCAAAAAAGAAGUUUCCACACAGGAGGUGUCACAGAAAGAUCCAGAUUCCCCUGAAAGGGGUUCUGUUGACAUUGGCGAGGGGCUGCCCAGGAAGAGAGGAAGACAAAGCCGACCGAGCUCCAACACGAAACCAAUCCUGUCACUCCUGUGGCCAGCAGCAAGUAAAAGUCAUACUCUAA